GUUCUCCUUGUCCUCGCUGGCUAUAAAUUUGAUACCCAACAACCAACGACAGACAAUCCUCCCGCCUGAGCCAACCGGAGAAGGAAGAGGGAUAAGGGGGUCAAGAUGGCGGUUGACUACGGGAGCAGGGAGGAGAGGUGGAGCCUGGCCGGCGCCACGGCGCUCGUCACCGGCGGCAGCAAAGGAAUUGGACAUGCCAUGGUGGAGGAGCUUGCUGGGUUUGGGGCGAGGGUGCACACCUGCUCCCGGAACGCGGCGGAGCUGGAGGAGUGCCGCCGGCGGUGGGAGGAGAAGAACCUGCAGGUCACCGUCUCCGUCUGUGAUGUUUCCAUACGUGGCAGCAGGGAAAAGCUUAUGGAGACGGUCCGAGAAACCUUCAAUGGCAAGCUGGAUAUACUAGUGAACAAUGCGGGGCAAUUGUUAUUCAAGCCCACUGCUGAAUGUACGGCGGAGGAAUACUCGAAUCUGAUGACCACCAACUUGGAGUCGAGCUUCCAUCUCAGCCAACUCGCACGCCCUCUUCUCAUACACGCUUCUAUUGCCGGAGGAGGCAGCAUCAUCAACAUGUCCUCUAUUGGAGGCUCAAUUGGCUUUGCAGGCUCCGUAAUUUAUGCUAUCACAAAAGGUGCAAUGAACCAACUUACAAGGAGUUUGGCCACCGAGUGGGCCCCCGACAAGAUUCGUGUGAAUGGCAUUGCCCCAGGAUUUGUCACAACCGAUAUGAUUAAAGAUAUAGAUACAGAGUACCUGAAAAAAGAGCACUCGAAGACCCCAUUGGGACGGAGCGGCAAGCCGAUGGAGAUAGCCUCGGCAGUGUCAUUCCUGUCUAUGCCUGCAGCUUCUUUCAUCACAGGCCAGGUCAUUUGCAUCGAUGGUGGUCGAACCAUUAGUGCUUAGCCAUCACCCCCCAUACGUAAGUUCUUGAAUACUAGCAAAAACGUGUGGGAGACUGAAAUAAUAAUAAAUAAAUUGUGCCAACAAAUAACUUGCACCAUGGUGGAUGCCUUUGAAGAAAUUUCACGAGAUAGCCUA